GCAAAUCCUGGAAGGCUCUGAGCCUCUCGCAGAAGCGACCUUAUGUGGAGGAGGCUGAGCGGCUGCGGGUGAAGCACAUGCAAGAUUAUCCCAACUACAAAUACCGGCCCCGGCGGAAGAAGCAGGUCAAGCGGAUCUGCAAGCGGGUGGACCCUGGGUUUUUGCUGGGCAGCCUGACGCGGGACCAAAACUCGGUGCCGGAGAAGCGGCCCUGCAGCCGGGCUGUGGAGGAGAAAGAGGGGUCGGGUGAGUACCCACCUCGCCCGGGGCUGCCCGCCAUCCGGGGAAAAAAGGCCGGCAGCAGCAGCACCAGCAUGGAUCCCUACCCCUACGGGCUGCCCACCCCCCCGGAGAUGUCUCCGCUGGAUGCCAUAGACCCUGAGCAGAGCUUCUUCUCCUCGCCCUGCCCUGACGAGCAUCACCGCUCCCACCUCACUGGAGCCACCUACUCCUCAGAGUACGCGGGCAGCCCCCUCCCGUGCAACCACCACCCUCUCAGCCCUGUGCCACAGCCCACCACCUGCAUGAUCCCCUCGGCCUCCAGCUGCCCUCCCCUUCCUCCUCCUCCUCCUCCCAGCUACUACUCGCCUGCCUUCCCCUCCCUGCACCCCCCUAGCCUCCAUGCCCAUCUGGGCCAGCUAUCCCCACCGCCCGACCACCACGGCUUUGACACCUUGGACCAGCUGAGUCAAGCUGAGCUCCUGGGGGAGAUGGACCGCAAUGAGUUCGACCAAUAUCUCAACAAUCCCAGCCACGGUGACCACCACGGCGGGGUCUUGGUCAACGGACAUGUCCCGGCGUCUGGCAGCUCCCACACCUCUGAGACCAGCCUCAUCUCCGUCCUUGCCGAUGCCACAGCCACUUACUACAAUAACUACAGCGUCUCCUAA